AUGACUCAAAUGUCAAUGUCAACAGUUGCCGAUCAAAAUUUUCCGGCAAUCGGCAUUGGUUUUGGUUUGGUAUUUUAUUGAUAUUUGAUUGGAUUUUAUUAUAUUAAAUUAAAAUGCAUAAAACCGGCGCUACGCGUUAUCAAAAGUUCCAGAAAGCUGAAAAGGCUAAAACAAAAUUAAAGGGGAAAAAAGACAAGGAGUUACCGAAGGGAACUAAUGUCACGAAGACAAACUUUAAGGUUAAGAAGAUAAUAAUUAAAGAACAGCUAAAGAAGCAUGCUCAAACGGAAGCUUUGUCAACCCGAAAACUUAAUGUUAAAGAGCUUUUGUCGCGACUCAAUCAUUUUAAUACAAACUCUCGUACUGAUGCUCUUGACGGUUUGAAGGAACUUAUAACUUUGCACCCUGAGGUUUUGGAGCAGAAUUUAGGACAACUUGUUCAAGGCGUUGCUACAUUGAUUCUAAAUAUAGAAAGAAAGGUUCGACAGGAAGCUCUGAAAGUCCUUCAUUUAAUACUUAGUAAUGUAUCUGCUGAGAAGGUAGAACCAUUUUUUGAUAUAAUGUCAACAUACCUGAGGAGUUCUAUGACACACAUUGAUGCGAGGAUUCAAGAAGACUCACUGUUGUUUCUUGACAUCCUUCUUUUGUGUGCACCUUUAAGAAUAGCACAAGAUUUUCACAGAAUUAUACCAAAUUUUUUGGAUAUGAUAUCCAAAUUGAGAGUGGACUCUAAGCCAGAUAGAACUUUGACAGUCAAUUUAAAUAAUCAAAACACAAGUGCAAAAUGGCGUGUGAAAGUAUUUCAAAGGUUACAAGAAUUUUUACAAAAGUAUGCAGCAUAUAAGAAUAUUGAAAGUUCAGAUAAGAAUAAAUCUAGCAACAUCACUAUUUUUGAUAGUAAUGAAUUUAAUCGUUAUUCUCUUUUUGAUCCAAUCAAUACAGCAAACUGCACAGUUUCAUGUUUCAGUGGGAAAAAUUCUGAUAUUGAGUAUCAGAUUGAUGAGAUAGAAAAAUUUAAUGAAUACACUGAAACUCUCAUUCCUUUAUUAUUUGAAACGUGGUUUGAGGCAUGUCCCAGCAGUAAAUCAGAUGGAAGUUUUGAAACAGUUAUCAGUGAGGAGACAGGCCAACUACUUAAACACAUCCUACAAACGCUAACAUUACUAAAAAAGCUGCUAAAGUACUACAAUACAAAGUGUCCUAGUUCUCAUAUAGAAAAGUUAUUGUUUCAAAAAUACAAAUCAAGUUUUAGCCAACAUUUCAUGUCAUCAUUCCCUUAUGUUACAAAUGUAAGAUCAAGGCCAACUCAAGUGACUGCAUCUGGUAUGGAUUCCACAGACCCCAAGUUAAUAGCAGAAAACUUAGAAUUAUGCCAGCUUUUCAUUGCAUUUAAUCCUCAUGUAAAUCUAAAAAACCAGAGCCGUGAGAUUGGCGUUGUUUUAGGGUAUAUAGAAAAGAUCUUUAAUCAAAACAAUGAUAGUAGAAUAAAUGGGAUCAUAAUUAGCAUAUUAAACAUGCUAUUCUCUUAUGAAAUUACUGGAUGGACGAGAACAAUAACAGUUUUGGAUGCUCUGUUUAGAAAAAUUAUCUGGACUUACUUCAACAAGAGUAUGUCAGAUACCUUGAAGCAUGAUCUUUUUGCAUUAUUGUGCAAAAUAACAUUGAAUGAAAAACUGUCACACUUUCACUCCAAUGACGCUUUUGAUAUGUGGCUUGCGAGCUUGCCUGAUAUAUUAUUGAGUGAAAAAUUAACAAUUCAAACUGUUAAUAUCCUGCACCAGUUUGCCGUAACUCGCAAUGGUAUUUUCAAUUCAAUCUUAAAACCAAAAUUGCUGGCGAUUAUAACAAAUCUUCCCAAACUUGUAAUAUCAGAUUCGGAUGGUGAUCCAGGUUGUUAUUACAGACUGUUAUCUAUAUUAUAUUGGAUCAGAGUUUGGGAUACAGACUCAUUGAAUUUAUUAGAGAAUCAAUUAAUGGAAAAUGCUUACAAACAAGAUCAUAUAAAGUAUAUAUUUGAUACUUUGAGGUUAAAAAGUGGUGGUAUAUUGUGAAGGGCAGAAAAUUAAACACAUUUAUAAAA